AUGUGCCCGUCACGCCAGCCCAGAGCAGCCAGCACCAGCGCCAGCGCCAGCACCAGCACCAACAUCAUCGGCACCACGAACGAGAGGUACGUAUCCGGUGACAUUGUCGAGGAUCCACCGCCUCUACCUGCGCACCUGGGCGGGCGCCUGGACACACUGGGGCAAGGAACACGGCAUCCGCAUCCGCGAAGCAAGGGACCAGACCCUCGCGCCCGUGCGGAGUAUUCGACGGCGUGA